AUCACCAUCUCCAUACGACGUCCUCAUCGGCAUCCCGAGAACACCAAACUGAAACCAAUGCAAUCCCAGCGUCAAGCAAGCAGUAGCAGCUCUUCCACCUCGUCACCUCACAUCCACGACGCUCGAAGCGGUCGAGCGUGCGACAAGUGUCGAAUCAACAAAGUUCGUUGUCUUGUUGUCGACGUCUCGGAUGAAAACCGGUGUAAACGAUGUCAAGAUCGGAACCUCGCUUGCACCUACUCGGCUUCGGCCCCGGUAGAUCCUCGGGCUAUCAAACGCAAACGACAAGAAUCCUCUUAUGCUUACUCUUACUCGAAUAACCCACCCAACCCUCUUCAAUCCGGUACCAGCAACAACAACAAUAACAACAAUAUCAACAACAAUAUCAACAACAAUAACAACAACAACAACAAGAUCAAUGUAAAGCCGCUCGACCCACGUCUACUAGGUUCCACCUCGGUCUCCGCCUGCAUACUCAGCUCGAUCAUGAGAUACAGCCACGUCUCUCAUAUCGAACAGGGUCUGGCGAAGAUGGACGAAAAGUACAGCCUUGUUCGGCGUCCUUUUUUGGGAGAUCGCGAUCGCGAUUAUAGUUAUAAUGGAUUGAGAUAUGUCCUCGUCGCUAGGAACCCCGAGCGGGUGGGACUGGGUUUUCAUCCCAAUUUCGAUGGACCUAGGGAAGGACAAGGUGGACAGCGGAGGAGGAGGAAGAGAAGGAAAGUACAGGUCGGGGAGGUCUUGAUGGACGUUAAAGCGUUCAGUCUGGAUGGGGAUUAUGAGCGGCUCGGAGGGAGGUAUGGGGUAGCGGGUCUACGUGAUCGACUCUAUUCGAUCUACCGAGAGACGAUCCUCCCCGUCUUCCCCGUCCUCUCCACCUCGGAGCUGGACCACCUCCACACCGGCCAUCCUACGCACUCCAACUCUCCCUCUACUCUCCCACCCCUGACCGAGCUAGUCAUCUGCACCCUCGUCUCCUCAUCCCGCAGCAUCCCUAAUGGGAUCUACGAAGAACUCGUCUACGCCCUCAAUUCCACGUUGGAGGGGGGAGGGGAAGGGUUGAAGUUGUUGAGCAUAAGCACGAUGGGGCAUUUACAGGUCUUGCUCCUUUUGACGAUGAGUCAAGAGUUGCAGGGGGAGGCUACGAACCAUUCGGGGAGCGUGUUGUUUUUACGGGUCGGGGUGGCACUGAGGAUGGCGCAGGAUCUGGGCCUUCAUCGGGACCUCUCGGAAAACGAGUUGCCUAGGGAGGAUUUCUUGCGCCGACGUCGGAUCUGGCGAGCGUGUGUGAUUACGGAUAAACUCAUCUCGUUGAGCCACGGUCAACCCUCGAUGGCGUGUUCUAGAGACUGCGAUAAUACGGUCGUAUGCUUGGCAGACCCCCAGAUUAGCGUUCAUCAGAGCAUAUUCACAGUCUGUCAUCUUAUCGGAAGGCUAUCUUUCACGUUGUACAGCCCGGCAGGCCCACAAGCGGCAGAUCCGGUCGAGCUCGCUCUGCUCCGAGGCGAGAUUUUGGCCUGGCCGCAGGUGCUCCACAAUGGCGAACAAUACGAGCCUGCCAGGUUGUUAUAUAUCCCUUUGCUGUUCCUCUUGCAAUAUCCUUACUUGACAGGACCAGCGAUAACACCCGAGUGGCAACAGCUAGUACACCACUCUCGUCUGAGUCUCGACUGGCUUCAACGGCGAGGAUCCAGCUUGCUGGAUAUCUGGUGGUUCGCCUCACUAGGUCUCGUCUACUCGGCUCUGGCAGAGUUUCACAACGCCAUGCUUCAUCGAGAUCCCGUCAGCCUACAGUCUCUAGCCAAAGCCGCAACGAUCGCAUGCGACUGGGCAGACGCCAUGAGUCUGGGGGACGUCUCGGAGAGCGAAAAGUUUAGGUACAAGUGUUGGACCUUGAUCGACUUUUUGCAUCAGAUCGCGGCGUCUCAGACGGUGGCGGUGGCGACCGAGGGUAUGCAGGGUGGUUCUAGCUUGGAUCCCAUCUCGGCGUCCUUGAUCCAGCCGGCAGCGUAUCACACGGGAGGCACCGCUUUCGAACAGUCCGAACCCGACUUUGGCGAAGCAUUGUCGCCACAGAGCUUUGUAGGUUCGACCGUCUCUCGGCCUAGUUUCGAACCUGAAACAUCGAUCUUAUCCUGCUUCUUUCAGGUCGACCUCAUGGCUUUCUUGACAGAGGGUCUAUUCUAGAUCGCGGAGGCUAUACCGGAUACCGUCUGUUUUCCCGAGUCUCACCCGUGUAUGUAGCUACCAGCUUGCCUAAAUGAGAUCUUGGGGUGUUGCAUAAUAUCGAACGCG